GCGCAGCCCAGCGGGCGCCGUCCCGGGGCGGCGAUGAGCGGCGGCCGCGGCUCUGACCUGACGCGGCGGCCGGGCCGGGGCCGCUGAGGCGGCUCGUUGGGCGGCGGCGCUGGCGCGGCGGGGCGGGGCGCGGCGGCGGGGUGAUGCUGCUCAAGCUCCUGCAGAGACAGACCUAUACCUGCCUGUCCCACAGGUAUGGGCUCUACGUGUGUUUCGUGGGCGUCGUGGUCACCAUCGUCUCCGCUUUCCAGUUCGGAGAGGUGGUUCUGGAAUGGAGCCGGGAUCAAUACCACGUUUUGUUUGAUUCCUACAGAGACAAUAUUGCUGGAAAGUCCUUUCAGAAUCGGCUCUGCUUGCCCAUGCCAAUCGAUGUGGUUUACACCUGGGUGAAUGGCACCGAUCUUGAACUACUGAAGGAGCUACAGCAAGUGAGAGAACAGAUGGAGGAGGAGCAGAAAGCAAUGAGAGAAAUCCUUGGAAAGAAUACAACAGAACCAACUAAGAAGAGUGAGAAGCAGCUGGAGUGCCUGCUCACGCACUGCAUCAGGGUGCCGAUGCUUGUCCUGGACCCAGCCCUGCCAGCCAACAUUACGCUGAAGGACCUGCCUGCCCACUACCCUUCUUUUCAUUCCGCCAGUGACAUAUUCAAUGUUGCAAAACCAAAAAACCCUUCUACUAAUGUCUCAGUGGUGGUUUUUGACAGUACCAAGAAUGUUGAAGAUGCCCACGCUGGAGUGUCCAAAGGAAACAGCAAACAGACAGUUUGGAGGGGUUACUUGACAACAGAUAAAGAAGUCCCAGGAUUGGUGCUAAUGCAAGACUUGACUUUCCUGAGUGGAUUUCCACCUACUUUCAAGGAAACAAAUCAGCUGAAAACAAAAUUGCCAGAAAACCUUUCUUCGAAAAUAAAACUGUUGCAGUUGUAUUCAGAAGCCAGUGUGGCACUUCUAAAAUUGAAUAACCCUAAAGAUUUCCAGGAACUGAGUAAGCAGACUAAGAAGAACAUGACCAUUGAUGGGAAAGAACUGACCAUCAGUCCUGCGUAUUUAUUAUGGGAUCUGAGUGCCAUCAGCCAGUCGAAGCAGGAUGAAGACGUGUCUCCCAGCCGUUUUGAAGAUAACGAAGAGCUGAGAUACUCCCUGCGGUCCAUCGAGCGGCACGCGCCAUGGGUCCGAAAUAUUUUCAUUGUCACCAACGGGCAGAUUCCAUCCUGGCUGAACCUGGACAAUCCCCGCGUGACAAUAGUGACGCACCAGGAUAUCUUUCAAAAUUUGAGCCACUUACCUACCUUUAGUUCCCCUGCUAUUGAAAGUCACAUCCAUCGCAUCGAAGGGUUGUCCCAGAAAUUUAUUUACCUGAAUGAUGACGUCAUGUUUGGGAAGGAUGUCUGGCCGGAUGAUUUUUACAGUCAUUCCAAAGGUCAAAAGGUUUAUUUGACAUGGCCCGUGCCCAACUGUGCUGAGGGCUGCCCCGGCUCCUGGAUUAAAGACGGCUAUUGUGACAAGGCUUGUAAUAACUCAGCCUGUGACUGGGAUGGUGGUGAUUGCUCGGGUAACAGUGGAGGGAGUCGCUAUAUCGCAGGAGGUGUAGGCACCGGGAGCAUUGGAGUCGGACAGCCCUGGCAAUUCGGUGGCGGAAUCAACAGUGUCUCUUACUGUAACCAAGGAUGUGCAAACUCCUGGCUCGCUGAUAAGUUCUGUGACCAAGCCUGCAAUGUCUUGUCCUGUGGGUUUGAUGCUGGUGACUGCGGGCAAGAUCAUUUUCAUGAAUUAUAUAAAGUAACUCUUCUCCCAAACCAGACUCACUAUAUUAUUCCAAAAGGUGAAUGCCUACCUUAUUUCAGCUUUGCAGAAAUAGCCAAAAGAGGAAUCGAAGGCACCUAUAGUGAUAAUCCAAUCAUUCGACAUGCUUCUAUUGCCAAUAAGUGGAAAACCGUCCACCUCAUAAUGCACAGUGGAAUGAAUGCCACCACAAUACACUUUAACCUCACACUUCAAAAAGCAAACAACGAAGAGUUCAAAAUCCAGAUAGCAAUAGAGGUGGACACAAGAGAGGAACCGAAACUGAAUUCCACAACCCAAAAGUCUCCCCCAAGUUUGGGUAGCCCCACAAUGCUUCCAGAGGUAGAAGUCCUGUUUGAGGAUAUUCCUGAAGAAAAGCGCUUCCCAAAGGUUAGGAGACACAAUGUGAAUACAACGGGAAGGUUCCAGGAGGAGGUGAAAAUUCCCCUGGUAAAUAUUUCCCUCCUUCCAAAAGAGGUCCAGUUGAGUCUUAACAACUUGGAUCUGCAGCUCGAAGCUGGGGACAUCACCAUGAAGGGGUACAAUGUGUCCAAGGCGGCCUUGCUGAGGUCUUUCCUGAUGAAGUUACCGGCAAGUGAAAUGAAAAUCUAUCAAGCUAUAGUAACAGAUCAAAGAAAUGGCAGUUUGGAGACCCCGCUGGAAAAACGGGUUCACAAAAGCAACUUGCCAGACAGCUUAGGAAUAUCUAAAAGAUCACAAAGGAUGACUUCCCCAGCAGCGGAUGGCCACCCCCGUAGUCAGAACCCACGCCAGGACUCUCAGACCCAAAAGCUCAGAGGCGCAAGUGUAUUACGAGAGCAGCUCUCAUCUCUGAUUGACCCCCUGGAAAAGCCCAUAACAAAUGAAAAGAAAGUCACAGGGGAAGAACAAAAGAAAAACAGAAUGGAGGAAAAUGUUAGAAGUCACAUAGGUGUUAAUGAAGCAUUACCUGGAAGAAAACUGCAACAUUAUGUGGACGGCUACCUGGGCUUUUUGCCAUGGGAGAAAAAAAAGUAUUUCCAAGAUCUUCUUGAUGAAGAAGAGUCAUUGAAGACACAAUUGGCAUACUUCGCUGAUAGCAAAUACACUGGGAGGCAACUAAAAGAUACGUUUGCAGAUUCCCUCCGAUAUGUCAAUAAGAUUCUAAACAGCAAGUUUGGAUUCACAUCUCGGAAAGUCCCUGCACACAUGCCUCACAUGAUUGACCGAAUAGUUAUGCAAGAACUGCAGGAUAUGUUCCCUGAAGAAUUUGAUAAGACGUCCUUCCACAAAGUGCGCCAUUCUGAGGAUAUGCAGUUUGCCUUCUCUUAUUUUUACUAUCUCAUGAGUGCAGUUCAGCCACUGAACAUAUCUCAAGUUUUCGAUGAAGUUGAUACAGACCAAUCUGGUGUCUUAUCUGACAGAGAAAUCCGAACACUGGCAACCAGAAUUCAUGACCUGCCUUUAAGUUUACAGGAUUUAACAGGUCUCGAACACAUGUUAAUAAAUUGCUCAAAAAUGCUUCCUCCUAAUAUCACUCAACUACACAACAUUCCACCAACUCAGGAAGCAUACUAUGAUCCCAAUCUGCCACCAGUCACUAAGAGCCUGGUUACCAACUGUAAACCAGUAACUGAUAAAAUCCAUAAAGCAUAUAAGGACAAAAACAAAUAUAGGUUUGAAAUCAUGGGAGAAGAAGAAAUUGCUUUUAAAAUGAUUCGUACCAACGUUUCUCAUGUGGUUGGCCAGUUGGAUGAUAUAAGAAAAAACCCCAGGAAGUUUGUUUGCCUGAAUGACAACAUUGACCAUAAUCAUAAAGAUGCCCAGACAGUGAAAGCUGUUCUCAGGGACUUCUAUGAAUCCAUGUUCCCCAUACCAUCCCAAUUUGAGCUGCCAAGAGAGUAUCGAAACCGUUUCCUUCAUAUGCAUGAACUGCAGGAAUGGAGGGCAUAUCGAGACAAACUGAAGUUUUGGACCCAUUGUGUACUAGCAACAUUGAUUAUGUUUACAAUUUUCUCAUUUUUUGCUGAGCAGCUAAUUGCACUUAAGAGAAAGCUGUUUCCCAGGAGGAGGAUACAGAAAGAAGCUAGUCCCGAUCGAAUCAGGGUAUAGAAAAUCUUCAUUUGAGAAUCAUCUACCUCAGCAUUCACUGAGCAUUUUAAAACAGCAUCACAGAGACAAGGUGAUGCUCAGCUGGCUUGGCCUGAAGAAGAGACAUCCAGUCCAACACUCGUAUUGUGGCAUGAAGAUAGCACACUGACCAGGAACUGUUUAACCAACACACUGAAAACUGGUAUGUUGAGCAGCUCUGAACUGGUCUUACAUUUAAAGCAUUUAGUCAUGGACCUAUCAUUAUUUUUAUGAGAAGGCUCACCGAAAAGGGAGGGCUGCUUACGUCCCUACCCCAACCAUUGCCAACUGACUUGAAUAUGCGACGCCUAUGCCAGCUUGGGAGCACUUGCUAAGAGCCCCCUGUCUUUGCGUUCCCAAACCCUUUUGCUAUGGUUUUACUGUUUUUUUUUUUCUUUUUCCCAUUUCUCAUUGGAAAAAAAAGUAGUUACUAAGUUAAUUAGUAAUUCUUGCUUCUGAAAAUAAUGAAUUGGGAUGUCUAAACAUGUUUUUAUCGCUGUUAUUUAAAUAACACAGCAAUGUCACCUCUUACUGGCACUAUCUAAAUUAUGAAUUUUAUUAACAUUUUAAACCACUUACGACAACUGACAAGCGCAAUGACUGACUUCUGAAAUACUUUGUGCUUGUUUACUUUCAGCCCCUAAGGAUACUGUGAUUCAUGCGGAGGCCGCAUUAUAAAGGGCUUGGGUUAAGUGGCAGAGCUACUUUCCAGAUGUAAUUAUGUUUUGGAACUGUACAUAUUAAAACAGAAGUGCCUCCUUUUAGAAAUGCGUAGUGCUGGUGGUACACUGCAGGGCUGUCUGCUUCAUGCUCCUCAGUAGAGCCCCGUAAUGCUCUCUCCCCAUCAGUUUCAUAUAGUGCACAGGAGUCAGCAAACUUUUUUCUGGAAAGAGCCACACAGUAAAUAUUUAAGUCUUUUAAAAAUGUUAAAAUCAUGUUUAGCUUGCAGCUGUACAAAAACAGAACUCCAGCUGGAACUGGCCCACAGGCCAAUGUUUGCUGACCACUGAGAACGAGAGUUAAUAUUUUGAAGUAUCAGUAGCCCUGAUGUUCAGCCAUAUUUUAUUUAUGUCAUACAGUGGAUUUCUGGAGACUGGAUUCCGGAUUCCAUGAGUCCUUUCUGAACUCUGACAGGUACUUUAGAUCAUGAUCUCAACAGUAUUCUUUCAAAAUGGCAUACAUAUUUUGUAAAAAAAAAAAAAAAAGAACUUGUAAAUACUAUAUUUGUGCUGUAAGAGUUAAUGUAUUUCAAAAACUGAAGUCUCAUAAAAACUUAACAUUUUGUCUGAUGCUGUGAUUUCUAAAUCUUUGAGGAGUGAGUAUAUUGAUACCCAGAUUCAGCAAUCACUAGCAUGCUUAUACCUGUGUCAGGGUCUGUGCUUGAACUGCCAAAGCUGAGUGGAAAGCAGUGUAUGGAAUGUAUUAUAAUAUACUGGAGAAUGUCAUUUUAUAGGGGGAAAAUAAAUUCUAAAUGUUAUUUUUAUAUGGUAAAAAAUUAGGGCAUAUCUGGAUGUCAUUAAAGUGCAGAAAAGAGAAGGAAAACACUGUCUACAUAACUCCUUAAGGCAAACACAACCCACACCAAAGCCGGGCUCAGUUAUCACAAGAAAGGAAAAACACAGACCAGUGUACCUGAAGGAAUCUCACAUAAAACAGUGAAUCUCAAGACAUCAGUUAUUCCCUAAAGGAGCAAUUCUUUAUAAGCAAGCUGCAUCGCCUCUGGGAAUGCAAAGUUGACUCAAUAUUUGAAAAUCACAGUUCACAUUAGCUGGACCAAAAAGAUAAACCACAUGAUCAUUUCCAGGCACCUUUCUUUUAAAUCGAUUAUUAGGAAUUUUUAGAAGCAGGGCCUCUAGCAAAUGACUUCCUGUCUAUUCAGUAGCUACCAGGAUUUUGCCAAAUUUAUUGGCUUUAUUCUUUCUAUAUUUUCUUUGUUGAUACACCUUUAAGUAACCUCUGCUCAGCAGUCAGGAGCACUUCAGUUGUUAAGGGCAGGUAAAGGGGCUACUUCUUGGCAUAACUGCUCCUUCUUCCCUUUUGCUCUAAUAACAGCUAUGUCUAAUAAGCACAUUCUGUGUGCCAAAUGCAAAAAUUAAUUCAGUCUGCUCAAGGAAAAAAAAACAGAUACAAGAAACAGAUACCCUAUGAGGGCUGUUACUCCACACCACCCAUGCCUACCUCGCUGUGUGUCAGCUUUUUUUCUCUUGGUGGGGUGAUGCCAGCUCCUGACUCACAUUCCCAGAGGGGCAGGAAGUUCCCUUUCUAACUCAGAAUACCCUGAGCGGAGAUUUUUAUCAAAAGUUGGGGAGGGAUGCUGGGUUGACAAAACACUCCAGUUUCACAGAAUAAAGAUUGGGUGAAAGACCAGGUUCCUGUAUUACUUUAAUUGGAGCAAGCUGUCAUACUUGAAAGCAAUCAGAAGAGUCAAAUCUGUUAAUUAGAAUACAGCAAACUCUUAAACAGCUUUCAUUGUUGAAAGGAUUCAAAGAAAAGUACAGUACCUGCCAUGUAAUAAAUGCUCCAUAAAUGGUUGUGGUUCACAGUGGAUCCCAUAUUAUCUUUCUGAGCUUCCUUCUGCUUUUCCUCCCCCACCAGUCUCCCUCUGGCCACACACUGCCAGCCACAUCACAUUUCCCCAAAUGUAUUGUGCACUUUUAAUACCUCUACAUCCUUGCAGAGGCUGACCUUGAUGCUUGACCUAUCUUCCCCUUCCUUAUCUAUUUGCUAAUCUCCUACUCACCUCUCAAGGGCCUUCUUCGCGACCAUAAGGAAAUAAAGAAUGUAUCAAAGGUUUUAAACAACCAUGACAAAAUGCUACGUCACUAGUUACUAAGGAAAAUGAGAAAAUAUUUUGUCAGGAAUCCAGAUAAUUGGAGUAAGUGGAGUGUGAUCUAUAUGGAGCAAUGUUCAUGUGGUUUUCUAGAACACAGACGUCAG